AUUUUCAAGAUGGCGACGAAAACGAAGCCAAAAGACGUUCGUAGUUUGAUGAAAGAACAACGCAAUAAAUCGAAAAAGAAGAUCGAUUCACCACUUGCGAGGUAUUAUAUUUAUAAAAGCUUAUUUAUUAUUUUCUCCCUUUUAAGCAGUAUGUUACAAUUCUUGAAUUUUAUAUCACAUAUGAUAUUAUUAUUUUUAGUGACAUUUAAUAUACUGUCAUUUAUACUGAGCAAUCUGUCAUCUGAGUUGACACAGUGACACUGGACUGUCAGUUUGACAUUUUUACUAUAAAAGUGUCGAAAACAUUGAAUAAUGUGAUUUUUAAUCCAGUGGCAUUUCAUUUCACAAUGCCUUUGAACUUGUUGGAAUGUACUCAUGGGCGUACGGGAAGGGAAAGAAAAAAUUAGGGGGGCGGAAAGAAAUUUGCCCUAACAAGCUUUUAUAAUAUGUUAUUUCUAGUUGCUCAUUAUAGUAUUUUAUAAUAGUAGUCUUCCAAUCCUUGCUGUUUCAAUAUAAAUUUUGAAAGUAGCAGGCUCUUUUUAAGUAGGCGGCUGCAGUGGCGUACGUAGCUGGCUCAAAAUAAUCGUCCCGCCGAAGUUUCAAUACACCUCUAUUUAAACAGGAGUACUUUGCCUUGGUAAAAUGACUAAAAUACAAAGAAAUUGUAAGGAGCAUAGGCAGCCCGAUGCACGUGCAAAUCACGCUACACGGGUAAUUUGACCUUUAGAAUCGAUUUCGAACGUUUCCUGAGUGCUAGGAUGUAAACAUUGCAUUGUUUUGAAUAUUUGAACUUGAACCUCCGGUCAAAGCUCUCGCGUAAAAUUUAGAUAUUUUGAAAUACUGAAAUAAAAGAUGCAAAUAUGCAGAUACAAGCUUGAACAUAACACUCUAAAUAGUGUGUUAGAUUGUGAUUCGAACAAGACUAAUACCAAAAAGAAAUGUUGAAAGUGCCCGAAGUUAUAUAAUUUCGGCGAAAGGUAUGGCUUAAUAUUAAUAGUGAUACAUUGUUUACAUUGUUCAAGUAUAUUGUAUAUAGGUAUUGUUAGUUCACAUUGUUCGAGUAUGGCUAGUUUAUAUUAUGGCUAGUUUAUAUUAAUGGCUAUUGGUGGUAUUUUUGUAUUUCUACUGCAAAUACUCACGGAGUUCUAUAAUAUAUGGAAUUGACUUGACAACCUCUGCCUUUAUAAAAUAGCGGGACUCGGCAUUAAAAACAGCCGUUCUGAGCAUGCGCUGCGCCAAUUAUCCAAUCAGAAACCAGAAUUUCUUGUAUAGGAUAGUAUUGCAUAUUCCGCCAUAUGAAAAUCAGCGGAACACGAGACAUGCGAUUACACGAAUUGUGUGAGUAAGCAAUCAAUUGCGUGAAAAUUAGCUAAUUUUGGGUUUCAGAGGUCAAAGAGCAGACAGCAACAUUGCGUAAACUUUAAAUAAAUAAAUGAAAGCGCUGAACAAUGAUCAUAAUUAAUAUUUAUAAAUUUUCAGAUUAAGAAAGGCUGUGAAUUUGGCUUCACUAUAAACAUUUCCUUUUUUUUUUUAAAUUUCUAGUCCCGCCCGGCGGGACAGUGGGACCGCUAGCUACGCCACUGGGUGGCUGAACGUGGAGAUAGCAAUUAUUUAAAACAUUGAUUUAAUAUGAAGGUAGCUGGUGAUUAUUUUGAAAGUAGCCACCGGAAUAGCCAGUUACAGGCUUCGAAUGAGAUCCCAGGGUGAAUUUGAGGCAGACAUUCCAACUCUCCGAUUUUACCGGGAGUCUCCCGAAAAUUCAUGCAAUCUUCCGGUCUCCCAAUUUUUAUCAAAUUCUCCCGAUUUUUCAGAAUAUUCAGGAAAUAUCAUAAAAAAAUUAUAAAAUAAUAUACUGUUUUUAGUCUGUCAUAUUUAAAUAGUCUGUCUCGGACCUUUUUUGAAGUUACUUUAUGGCAAUUUAUAGGAUCAUUUAUAACAACAUAGUCCCAAAAUGCAGGAAACGCCAUUUCAGAAGACUUAAUUUCUAUUAUUUUUUCCCAGAAGAACUAGAUUUCAAUUCACUGAACAGUCUCCCUAAAUUUUACCUCCAGUAGUUGGAAUGUCUGAUUUGAGGCAGACCUGCCAACUCUCCCGACAUAGCCGAGAGUCUCCCGGUAUAGACCUGUGAUGUCCCGGUAUUGAAAAAUUUCUCCCAGUCUUGGCAGCUGGCAAUUAUCCUGAUUUCUUGUUGAUCUUAUUAAAUUUUAUCAAGAAAUAUCUAUACGUGGCUGCGUAGGAGACAAGUAAAACUGUAAAAGGGGAAACUUUAGAUUCUAUAACGUUCUGAAAGUCAAAAUUGAAGUUUUUAUUUGUUAAAACAUGUCUUCAUGUUGUAUUUUCAGUCCAAGAUAGUGCCCAAUUUAACAUUAGUCAAGGGGCUUCUUGUGCUGCAAUCUGACUGCCCUAAUGAAAAGCUUUGAUCGGUUUUCUCCCUCUAAAAACCCAAUUCUCCCACCAAAUUAAGUGUUUAAAUAAGAAUUCUCCCUAUAUAUCAGUUGCUAAGGUUGGCAGCAAUUUGGCACAGAAUGAUCCAAAAGAUCCAUUUGGCCAAAAAAUUAGCACAGGUUUUGGCGCAGCUUUACAUGAAUUAAAUUUUAAAAAUUGUUGGCGCAGAAAAUCAGAGAAAUUCACCCUGGAUGAGAUCCCUGUUCUGUGAGUAUUAACUUGUUAUAUUUGAUUAUUUUAGGUAUAACAAUGCAGGACAGUUAUUCUGUGUUUUGUGCAACACAAUUAUCAAAAGUGAUCUUUUAUGGGAUGCACAUAUAAGAGGAGUGAAACAUAAAGAGGUAUUAUGCAAUUAUUGCUCCUUCAGUUGUUGGCAUGGAGCUGUAAAAUCAUGGCAAUUUUCUGUUUUAGUUUUGGGGCGUCACAUAGGGAAGGGCCAAUACAAAUACCAAAUAUCGAUACUAGAAGAAUUAUCAUUACUUUGGAAUGUUUGAGCUUGUUCCCAACAAUACGAUAUGUUUGGUCAUCAUUUCACAGAAAUAUACUAGGGCAUUUUUUGCAAUGUAUGCAAUACUGUACAAAAUAUUGUAGAAUAAUAGGGCUACAUGAACUCACACAUCUACCUUUGGGCUUGUGAUUGUAUUUAAAGGCAGAAGGCAUGAGUUAUGAAUAAAGACAGACUAAUGCCCUUAUUCUAAAAGCUCACUCACACUCAAUGAGUGGAGGUUCAAUCUGAGCUUCUCUUGAGUGCCAAUCCUGUUUUUCAAUAGCUGGAGGGUGAGUAGUCACCGAGUAAGGUAUGACACUAGCCAUCCAGCUAUUCAAAAACAGCAUUAACACUCAAGAGAAGCUCAGAUUGAACCUCCACUCAUUGAGUGUGAGCAUGAGUGAGCUUUUAGAAUAUGGGCGUAAUUCACGAUAGCCUGUCUAGCAGACGGUUUUUUAAGGUUUUGUAAUUAAUUUCAAAAUACUUUCAUAUGUGGGACAAGUUCGCCGUAAAAUUUCUUAUUGUGAUAAAUGGUGAAUCUACAGUAACAAUGGAGACUCACUUGUAUGUCCUGACUUGUUACCCUGAACGGCUGAUAGAUCAGUGUUUAAUAAAUGUACUCAUCUCAGUAUAUUCUUAUUUUCAAUCUAUCAGUAUCUAUACCAUUGAAACAUAAUAUAUUAUUUUAACUUAAUUUAUGUAAAUAGUGAACAAAUUCUUUAUAAAUUUUGUACAAGUUGUUGGGCAACGAAAACUCAAAAAUAUAUUUUCAAAUAUUGAAGCUUAUGGGUGGCAAAUGAUCAAAAGUGGUUGCAAUUUGCUCCGAGUAAUUUGUUCAUCAAUUGCAAUGUUGUGACGCAACAGAUAAAAUAAGCGCAAGGUGCAAUAAUUGAAGAUUUUUAGUCGUACCUGACUGGUACUCUAAUGAUUAUUGCCGCGUACAAUACUUGAGUCGGUACAAACUUAAGACUCAAGGUGUACUUAUUCUUUAAAAUGAAGAACAUGAAGUACAUGUUUCUGAAAGGUAUUAAUUCAGUAAGCUGAAACUACGAGUUAGAAGAAGGACGACAACUGCACAUACAAACACUAGAAUCGACUCAUUCCUUAGGCUUAGUCCCAUCAGUCCAAUAAUUUUUCAUGCCAAGACAUGUCAGACGUGCCCAUAUACCGGCGUAAUUACGGUCUGAAUACAUUGGGUUUGGUAAAGUCAUAUGGUACCAACAAAAAGUAAGUACGCAAAUAGCGAGAGUUCCGUGUACCUGCGUGGUACGUGGUUGAAAACAAAAACGUACCAGACCGUAAUAUUGGCGUACCUCCGGUACGUAAGUACGCGAAUUAUCCACUGAUUAAAGCGAUGAUGUAAUUUUUAUAUGGAAAAAUGUAUGGCAGACGAUUUUUCACGCCCACCCUUUUUUAUUUCCCCCAGAAAACCGUAUUUUGAUUCGCUAUUUUGGGCUCAUUCGGCGAACAUGUAAUGAUUUUUUAAAACAUCUCAACAAAGUAAAGGAUGUUCAUUAAAGGCUGCUUUCUAUUUACGCAUUUUUCACACACGUGUGUGUAUCAUCAGCAAAUAAUUAUUUGCAAGCUGUAUUGAUUUCAUUCAUUUUGUCGUUUAUUUUCAAGACCGAAAAAAUCUUAAAGAAGAAGUGGAACGGGUUUUUACAGAGAAAGAGACAAAUUCUUACGUAUUGUUUAAUCCUUACGAGGUCUGCUGAUUAAGCAUUAUUGAAAUGCGCAAACGCCGCUUGCAGGCACUUGUUGAAUUUGUGCAGGCACAUUUUGAAAUCUCAUUAUAAUCCAGACAUUUUAAUAAUAUUUUAAUAGUUCUCUACUAGUACGCAAUUUUCCAGGCACAUUCUGAAGAUUUUGCUCGCAGUUGCGAACACUGAAUACUAUUAAUUAUUAAUUACAUCAACAGCCCUGUACUGGAACACAGGCUACAGCCCUGCUGCUCAUGAUUCGGCUUUUUUGUGGGCUUUGUAUAAUGUCAGAGAGCAGUUAAAUAAAUCCAAAACAGUGUAGAGCAUCUUUUCUCAGUAUAGACGUUUUCUGGCAGAUUAGUGAACUACAGGAUAUCCAAUUCAGGAUAAGCAAUUAGCCUUUCCAUAGCCUAUCGAAGGGAAGAUGGCUGUGAAACUCAUUAGAAUAACAAUAUAACUCAUUAAUCAUUAUCUAUGUUAGUCAACGUUUAUUCAUAAAUCUGGUCGUUUCACCGUCACGUGUGCAUGUAUUGUAUUUUUACCAAAUCCACCAAUAGCAAUUUCCAGUUUCCCUAUUGUUCGAGUCACGGAUAGGUGACUUUCCUAAAACAUUGCUAUUGGUUAGUUGGGCAAGAAUACAAUACACACGUGACGGUGAAGGACCAGAUUUAUGAAUAAACGUAUAGAUAAUCAUUAUAUUGUUAUUCUAAUGAGUUUCACAGCCAUCUUCCCUUCGAUGGGCUAUGGCCUUUCUCAUGCCGCCAUUUUUGGGUAGUUUUUCAGCCGAAGUCUGCGAGAUAAGUCCACAUAACAGCGACCUUUUAUAAUUUUUUGGACGAAUGAUGGUAAAUUUGCUUUGUAAAUGAUUAAUAGUUUAUUUUGAAAAAUUGCUUUUCACACUGUUUUAAUUGUCUGCAUUGCCAUUGGUUAACGGGAAUUAGAUCAUCGUGAGAAAGGCUCACGUUCGCCACGCAGAAUUGUGCUAAUGACGUCAGCGUUUUUGAAAACCAAUCUAAAAUUGAAAAAAAGCUCCGUUUUCUAAAGACAAUUAAACUUCCUACUUUGAAAGACGUUUUUGAAAAGCCCCGUUUUCGUGGAUGACGGUAUCCGUUUUUCAUCGAUCUGAGAAACGUACAAAGUGUACCUGUGGACAGGGUCCCAGUCUCUUUGACCAUUGCUCACUGGGCAAUCGGGAGAAGUCCCUCUCGGAUGUCUAUAGUUUGACAGACAGAGUUUGUAAAACCAUAAAAUAACUGAUUGCACUUUUCUUUAUCUUUUUUCUUUCGCAAGAUAUUUUUUUAAAAUUAAGGUUUUUUAAUAUGUAAUAAAAUCACUCUCCUCCGCAGAGCCUUACGAAUUUUUAGUAAAAUUACGUAAAUGUCCUCUACUAUCCCUACAUUAUCCCUACAAUCCUAUAUAAUUGACUCUGCGGAGGAGAGCGUAAUAAAAUACAGUAAACCCAUGUAUGACAUUUCAAAAUAUUUUCGAAGACGGCAGUCUCUUCAAAUUUAUGAAAUCUUCAAAUUCUUAAAAUUUUCAAAUUUUUAAAAUUGAUGAAAUCAUUUAAUUUUUAUAUAUUGAUGAUUUCAUUGACCAAUUUCCAUACACAUAGCAUGAAAUUAACAAUUAACAUGACGUUAUCAUAUUUACAUUUAAAGAUGAUUUGUUCCCCCAGAUAUAAACAUUGCCCAAAUUUUGCAUCUUUCGAACUUUUUUUGAAUUGAAACGUAGAGUUUAUAUUCAUUUACAAGCAUGGCGAACCAGAAAAGUGUUAGAUAUUCAGUUAGUAUAUCAUAUUUUACAAAUAUAGCAGUUCAAAACGUAAACAAAGUUUGCGCAUGCGCACAGGAGUGGACAUCAUCUUUAAAAGAUAUUUCCUAAACAAAGAAAGUACAUGGAAGGUUUGAACAUUAUACAGUUAAAAAUUUCAUUCAAUUUAUUUAAAACAAAUUCGCACUUUGUGCCAAUACCCAGUUACAAAAAUUUGGUUUGUUUGCAUAAUUAAAAAUAAUUAACAAUUAUUCGCUGAAGGAGAGGUGAUUAUCAGGGAAUAUUCGCCGAGACGAAGUCGAGGUGAAUAUUCCUCGAUAAUCACCGAGCCUGAGGCGAAUAAUUGUUUCAGUAAUUUUACACAAGCUUUUGUCUUUCUUGGGACUGAAUUUAUUUUAAUUUCGCUUAUUUCUUUCACGUUGGUCAAAUUUAGCAAAAUUUCUCCCACUCGUGCGAGCUCGUAUUGUCAGCGGACAUCUUACAGAAAGUGGCCAGUCUUUGAAAAAUGCAAACGUUUCAAUUUUUCGCCGCAAGUCCGCUGAAAAUGCGAGCCUGCGGUACUGGGAGAAAAUUUGCUGAAUAAUUGCUGAAUAUAUGGGAAUGAUAAAUUUGUCAGUGACUUCCUCAAAACGGCUAGCCGCUAUUUUGAAAAUUUCGGUUUUGUUAUAUUCACCUGUAGGUGAAUAUAACAGCUUAAUUAAUACGUCAAAUUUGACCAAUCAACUUGUAGGAUUUGUUAUGUUCACUUGUGCAAAAAUACUAAUAAAGUAUAUUACACUAUUAUUGUCUGUAUAUUUUAUUGAAGAUAAGUGAUCUUUAAAUCAUCCACGUCAAUAUGCGGCUAGCUGGCAGACCUAACCUUCAAUAAGAUGGAGUCAUGUUCAUGACUUUAGUGCGCAUGUGCAAUGGUAAUAGUUGAAGAGUAUCUGACUGCUUACCACAAUCAUUAAGCUAAACAUUUUAACAUAAAUACCAAUUCAUGGAUAUUUUGUGUUAAGACCGUACUUUUUAGGAUCAUUUCUAUAGUACGUGUCCCGUCUUUGUUCUCUAACAUAGACAACAUUCGCAACCACGAUGAUGAGUUGUAGCGCCUUCUUCUGAGCGGGAAGCAGAUUGCUGAUGUUGCCUUUAUGGUAACACUUAGUAAUCAUUGAUGACCGUUCCCUUUCGUUCUUCGGAAGGUCAGGGAGGAAGAAUGCGCAUUCUGAGUGGUUCUUCUUACAAUCACAGUGAAAUAUAAACGUAUCGCCCAUGUGGGGUUAUAGGAGGAGCUCGAAUCUUCAACAAAUUGCCAAAAGUGUUAUUCAAUUUAAGAGAAAACUUUUUAAUUGUACAUUCUCAUAGAUUCUAUAAACAUCCAUAUUCUUAAACUUUUAUUGGAGACACUCAUAGAACUUUGAUAUUAUAUAGUGAUUUUAUUGUAGACAGGUCUUUGUAGGAUAACAGCUUUUAGUAGCUGAACAAGUUUCAACCUGUAUUAAUAAUAAUAAUAAUAAUACAGUCAGAGUAGUUUCGCAACUAGAGAAUAUUUUUCGUGGGCAAAUUCUGGUUCUCCACACCAGAAAAGUCUGAAAAUCGGGUGUCAAAAACACAAGUAUCAUGUAUAAAAACCCUUUAAAAAUUCCUUAAAACAUUGAAAUCCUUAAACCUGAGAGCCUUGUAUAAAAAUGAGAGGUUUUAAAAAUGACCGACUUUAAUGGAAUCGGUCAGACGCUACCACGUUCUUGCUUUCUCACAGCAAAUUGCACCACUUAAUUGCAACCUAUGCCAGCAGCUCUAUGCCACUAACUGUCAAUAAUGUAGAAUGAUGUAAAUUUUAAAAGAGAAUUAAAUACCUUUCCUACACUUGACAAUACCGUCAUUGAACGAGCUUUAAUAUAGCGGUAAAUUGUUUGACAGAUCGCAGUGUCGCACUCUGCCCUGAAAGAGGGAUUUAAUACCAUAAGAUUAUCAAGUUAGGUCAAGAUUGUCAAGUAUACGGUUAGCGUGACGUUCAAGCAAACUAGUUUUCUUUCCUUUUUUGCAGAAUCUUAUAUCCUUAAAAUCUGGUGAACGAAAAUCGCAAACAGACACAGUGAAACCUCGUUCUGCCCAGCAAGAUGCAUUUGGUAACAACAGUAGAUCUAAGGUAAAACGUUUGUUCAUUUUUUGGCUGACCAAAACGUAACGAAUCUCUGCAUUGAAUAUGAUUUGGUAAAAUUAUGUCGAAUAAGACGUGAUUAAUUCAGUAUUGGAUGUUUAUCCAUGUUUAUCGCAGCAAUGACUAUAUAACCAUUCGCACAAUUAGCCUUCGCUCUUUUGAAACCUGACAAAAUCUUUAAAUAUCGCGCUAAAAUAAAAUAUAAUAAAGUAAGACAUUGAUGAUCUUUAUUUGUGCCCUGACAGGUAUUCAGUACUGUAUCAGCUAUUUAUAUCUUUAUUUAAGGGUAACACAAUAACUUCAAGUUCAUCACAGUCAAAUAAAAGAAGAACCGAAGACAACAAUGUAACUAUUUCAAAUUUCUAAUUUCAGUUAAAUACCGCUAUAAUGUCUUUCCCUAAGUACUGGUUAUAGUGUUGUAAAGAAGUAUAUAACAUUGUACAGUAUGUACUUUUACAUCUUUAUGUUCCAAUUUUGCAGACAUCAGAUUCUUCCAGUGAGACACCAGUUGUAAAGAAACCUAAAGGUAUGAUAAUUAUAGUUACAAAAUGCAACAAAUGAAUCGAAAGUCAAACUUAUUUCUAAGUCACUUUUUGUGUCUUUUCUAUAAUAUAGUAUCCAGUGACAACGCAAGUUCAAGGUAUGUGGAACUCUCGUAUACCCCGGUCAAACAAACACUGGAUUCAAUGAGAGUGGCGAUCAAACGCGAGCAAAAGAACUCUCAUCUUUGUCAGACUGAGGCUUAAUUUUGUUAAAUUCGAUGAUAAUAUAAGUGAGUCGUACGGAAGCUACAUUUAAUGUUGUUUGCGGAAGAGAGCCAGCCCUAAAGGCCUGAUUCCAUGAGGCGGAAUUUUUCGACCGAAACGAAAUUUCUCUUUGUCUUUUUACAAUUAGUUCUGCUCGAGAGCUCGAGAAACAAAGAGAACUUUCGAUUCGGCCGAAAAAUUUCGCCAAGUGGAAAACCGCCUUAACAAGGGGGCUGAUUUUUCUCAUGUGAACACGAGGUGAAAACCAGCCCUACUGCAUGCAGUAGUGCUCCUCGUGUAAACACUCCUUAAAUAAAUUUCCUUCGCCUUUGCUGGACAAAAAACGGUGACAAUUUAAUGUAGAUAUUAUUCGUUUACGGACAAAACAAUGUGAAAAUGUAACGUAUAGUUUGUGCUUUAUCUUUAUGUAGUAUACCUGCCGACUUUUUCGAUGCAGAUGAGACUCAUGAGAGUAAUUCAGUUGAAGAUCAAAAGAUGGCAGUGGAUAAUGAUGGUGUGGAAACGACACCUUCUGCUGGGCCUUCAGAAAUAUCAGGUUUACCCGCAGGUAAUUGUAGUGCAGGGAUGAAUUAGCUCUCUGCAAAGAAUUUCACUCAAAAAGUUGAGUAAAAUAUUGUACUCACAGUGACGCAAAAUAUUGAGAAAAAAAUUGCUCAAAUUUAUGAGCAAAUUUCCUCAACUUUUUGAGUAAAGUAAAUCUUCACUCAAGAAAAAUAAUGGGUAUAAAUUUGUUCACAAAUUUGAGUGCAUUAUUUUACUCAUUUUAAGUUUUUGAGUCAAACUACUCAGGGAUUUUUUGCAGUGAGCUGGCCUUUAUCAAAGCCAUGCAUUUAGCAAUAUUUGCCAAAACAUUUCUAAAGCUUAGAAUCUUAAUCCUCUUAACCACUGCCUCAAGCCCGUUUUCCAUUAGGCGAAUUUGUUCCCUACUUUGAAACUCUUUUUUUCACCAUGUUAAUAUCCCCCUAACUUCAUCAGCACAAACACUUCUUGUCAGUUCGGCCCCGUGAAUAUCUUUGAGAUGCCUUUGUAUGCUACGUGGAUCCAUUUCCUUUCCACAAACCUGACACGCUUUUUUCCCUUUAUUCUCCUCUUUGCCGAUACUUCUUCAUCCGAUUUCUGAUCGUCGUCAAGAUUUUGAACUGUCUCUGGUUGCUUUACACUUGGUGGGGUUUGCUUUAAACUUGGGCUCCACUCUUUGGACCCAUUCAGCUAGAGCUUGUUUCCCCCCAGAACACUGCCGUAGCUCCCUCAGGGUUGUUAAACGCUGCUUACCAUAAGCCGCACACUAAUCAAUUUAAUAAUAUAGAUGAAAAAAUUACUCAUUUCUGAUUGGCUAAGAGCAGUGCAAUUAUUUUUGAAAUUACACUUACUACAUUGCAAUUAACAAAACAAGAGCAGAGCCUGGAAAUGAGGCAGAAAAAAUCAACAUGGAAGCAGAUAGUAGCAAUGUAAAUGUUCUCUUUUGGACGACUUUUUGCACACUUUCAAUGGAAAAUCGUACGUGAAUAUAACAAUUUAAGUACAAGGAGCACAUAAACGAUUUGUUAAUAAGCAAUGAAAACAAUGCUUAAAUGGCGUAAUUGAGUACACCGGUGUUAUCGAACCGUGUAAACUUUUCACGUAUAUUAUUCUAAAACAAGUAAUAGUAUAGUUUCUCUUGCAAUUUGGAAAAACAUACACUCGUGAGUAUUUCAAAGACGUCAAUUUUGAUCGUCUUUGAAAAACUCACUCGUGCGUGUUUUUUUCCAAAUUGCACUCGAAACCAUAGUUUCCGUUACGAAUAGAAUACGUAAUACUUCUUUCACGUGCAUAUAACAUUAUCGCCCAACCAUGUGUUCGCUUAACUAUACCCUAACGUGUCUUAAAUAUUGGUUGGGAAGCGCAUUUGUUAUUGUACGAAAAUGACAUUCUUAAUUUAUUUCUAGAUUUCUUCGACAGCUCACAAAAAGAAUCUGAAGAAACAGAAAAUAAAACUUCAUCAAAUGAGUAAGUGCAAGUUGCAAACCUGACAAUUGUUGAGCAGUUAAUGGAUUUAACUUCAGAAGUAAAUGUAACCUGAACAGGGUUCGUACUGGAAAUCCUGCAUGAAAACCUAGGAUUUUUAUCUGGUCCUGCAUGAAACUUCUUCAAAAGUCCUGGUGCUAGAUAUAUAGAGGAUAUUACACGGCGGCGCGAAGAUAUGACUUCUAUCUUGGAGUGGUGAAAACAAUAUUUUACGAACGAGCGCAGCGAGUGAGUAUAUAUCAAUGUGAUCGCGAAAGUAUAUAUCAAUGUAUAUAUCAGUAUAUAUCAAUUGUGAUCGCGAAAGUAUAUAUCAGUGUUUCCAAGUAAUAUUUUAUGAUAUUUUAUACUUUAGGAAAGAAUCUGAUAAAACGGAAGCUAUUCCUGAAGGAUUUUUUGAUGACCCAAAACUUGAUGCCAAGGUUGGUACUAGGUAACACACUGCUAACAAGAUAUUCAUGUUAUCAGCGCGGUGUUAGGAUUUGCUAUAUGUACUCUUGUAAAAGUCAUCUACCGAAUUUCCCGUGCCGGUGAAAAAUUGAAAUACAUGAUGUAGAAAUAUGUUGUUAAGUAUAUUUGCUUGUUGGUUGUUGUCCUUCAGCUGUGUAGAGUGUAUAACGUGGGUGGUUUUCCCAUUUUGAUAUUCAUUCCUGUAUGGCCACAAUCCUUAAUAGAGAGUUUAAGCUUCGCGUUAUACGGCAAACGCCAGGCAAAGAAAAAUUUUACGGUAUCAAGCAAUGAAGAGUAAAUGAACUUGCUGUUUUAAAACUGAAAUACAUAAUUAUUCUUUCGACGCGAGAAAGAAAAUAUGAAACGAAAACGUUCAACGAAAAUUUUGCCGAGAAAGUUGGAACCUGCCGUUUGCCGGUUCUCCCUAAUGUAAGCUCAUCGUAUCAAUGAGUGUCUCCAUCGGUCGAUCCCAAUAGCUCAGUGGUUAGAGCACUGGUACGUUGAACCAGAAACCUUGUGUUCGAUUCACAGUUGGGACUUGUAAAGUAAUGUACAUUUUGAGCUUGUAAUUGUAUUGAUUAAAUACAUUUGAAUGAUCGUGUGUUGUAUUUGUUCGUUCUCUUCAGUAUUUAGAGACAUGUUGUUAAUUUGGCUAUAUUUGUUCUUAUGUACCUACCAAGAUGUUUUAAUGCACUUAAAAGCACAGUUCAGCCUUUUGAAUGAUGGUUUUUAAGGCAGAUUUCAGCCCUUUUAAUUGAAAAAACUAACUAGGAAAAUCAAUUAAGCAUAAUUCAAGAUCAGCAAGCUCAAUGUUUUUAACAUUUUAAAACAUUUUUAUUGUUAAAAACAUUGAGUUUGCUGAUCUUGAAUUAUGCUUAAUUAAUUUUUCUAGUUAGUUUUUUCAAUUAAAAGGGCUGAAAUGCGCCUUAAAAACCAGCAUUCAAAAGGCUGAACUGUGCCUUUAAAAAAUUAAUCUGUUUUACUUCCGCGGGAUUUAGGCUCGAAAAGUUGAAUACAAAGAUCCUGGAGACGAAGAAUGGGAAAAAUUUAAGAAAGCUCUAAGUACAGAAGAUCAGGUGAAUAUAUUUUCCUACUUAUUCUUUGAAAAUGUUUCUUUCUAGUGCUCAUUGGAAUUGGCUUCAUUGAGUAAAUAACUCGUACACAUAUAUUUACCAUCUUUGUUCACAGUAUAUACAAAUGAUGGUAUGUUAGUUAUCUCAAGAAAUGGCUAGGAACAUUCUGGACAAGCAAAAUUUGUCGACUCUAUGUUAUGGCAGUGCGAGAGAUUAAAUGAAAUAAUGUAAUAAUUAUACAGUUAUGAGACAUAGUGUGAUGUGAAGUAUAUUCCCAGAAUUUAUAUAUAUUAAAUAUCUUCGUCAGGUUUCGGAAGCAAUAAUCCACGAGGAGGAGGAAGAAUCUCGUGUUGACAGAGCUCUCGAUGAAAUCAGUGAACAAAGGUAUAUAGUUAAUACAUGCUUUCCAUAACAGACCUCCUCAGCUUCAUAUAUGCAAAUUGCCCUUUUCAAUGUUUAUUUAGAGUUUCGAUCUGGAGCUAUUGUACUAUUUUUUAUGCAUUCUUUCGUAUACCAGAAUAUCAUUAAACUGAAAAGAAACCGUCUCUCAGAAGUUUAAAUAAAAAUUGAAAUGAGGCUAUACAUCUUCCUGAAUCUUCCACGGUCCCUCCAAGUCACUCCGGAAAAAUUGCGUAAUGAUCCAUGUUAGUUGUUGCUAACGGGGUGGACGAGAGGUAGGUUUUCAAGAUGGCAGCUUGAUUUCACGAACAUUGAAACGUGAAAAAUCCAUAGAGAUUAUAAAAGAACAGAGUGGGCAUUGUGGGAAAAGUUCAGGCAAACGAAAGGGACAAAUUGAAGCUUGCUAAUGGAGGCAAAUUUGGAUUAUACCGGAUGUAGAACCAAGAAAAUCUAUUUUUUCACUUUUUGCCUACAAUUCAAGUAUUCAAUCCUGAUUUUACCAACGGUCCUGCCUGUUUUACAUUUAUAUGUGGCGAAAAAUUGUGUAAUUCCCGUUUUAUAUCAUGGAAAAUGAUAAAAAUUUGGACGUGCUGAACUCACAAAGAAAACAACACUUUUCAGCAUCGAAAAAAGCAUUUUAAAGCAUUUCUACCGUUCCAAAAAUUGUUUGUAUUAAAGUCCAGAUAUUUUUGUUGAUUUGAGUUUUUAGUCUGUGCUUGAACUAUACUAAAACUGUAAAAAAUCGAUGUUUUCAAAGUUUUAUUAUUUUCAUAAUUUCCGGUUCCUCCUAAACAUCGCGGCAUUGCAUCUGACAAUGAGAAUUUACAUCCGGGCAACGAGAUUUUAGCCAAUCAGAGAACUAAUCUCUAUGGAAAAAAUCAAUAACCAUGCACUUGUAAUAUUCUUAAAACUUUACCCUAAACUUUACCCCACUCUUAACACAAAAGCGAUUUCUGAGUUUAAGUUUGAAACUGUCUUCUGAACUGCCUCUUAUCCAUCCCUUUUAUUCAUUCCGCUUUCAUAAUACAGAUGGGUUUGGAUAUUCUUUUGUGUGCAUCUUAAUAAGCCUCCUCAGCCUCGUUCAGGUUCCAAAAUUUCUAUUCACUUUCAGACACAGAAAUGAGGCCAAUAGUUUAUUCAGACGCACGCAAAGAAUAUUUAAGUCCAUCUGACUAUGCAAGUGGUUUAAGUUUAUAUCUGAUAUACUGUAUGUUCAGCUGAGAUUUGCUUCAAAUAAUCACAUGACAGUUUUUAUAUAGCUAACAACUGUGCUGUACAUUUGGAGCGGGACAUUUAAAUUGAUAAAAAACCUUUUUACUGACAUUUUUACUCAUUUUCGGUCGAUAACCUGUUUUAUGUCUUGUAUUUGAUAGGUCUAAGGUGUAGGAUACAAAUAAUAUAAACCUAUAAGUACUAAAAUAGCUAAGUCCUGUUUUCUAUCCUAGAUUGUAUUACAUACGGGCAGAUGCUCUUCGGCACAAACAAAAUGCUUUCAGAAAGAGCAGAGAGGAGAAGAGAAAUGAAAAAUUGAGUGUAAGAAUGAAUGAGGACAGUGACUCUGAUAGUGAUGAUGUUGAGGACAUGUUUAACUGGAGAGCAAAGAAAGCUUUAUGAUAUGAGGAUAUUUCAUUGCGGUGGAGUAGGCAAUGUGUACAGUACAUGCGAAUUGCCCUAUCUUUGUCAGACAAGUGUUUCUGCUCUUGACCAUAUGUUUAACUGAAGUGCAAAGAAAGCUUUAUGAUAGCAGGAAUUUUAACUGCGAUGGAGUAGGGAAUGUGUACAGUACGUACGAAGUACUAUAUUAUUGACAGUCAAGGUACGGUGCUUUAGAGGCCAUGAUUAACAACUGGAGAGCUACAAAAGCUUUAUGUACAGUGCGGACGAAUGCUUUGUCAGUGUUAUCGUGCUUUAUGCCCUGGACCAACGACUGUAGGAAAUAUUGUUGCGGAAACCAAUUUUCCUAGUUUCCCCUAGCCUCCUCCGUAGGCAUUUCUGUAGGGUCACCUGUGUCAGGUAGGUGUGUCUAAAUCACAGCAACCUUUGAGAUACUUGCUGAGGAGGCUGGACAAAACUGGCAACAUUGUUUUCGCAACUUGGGAAAUCACACUAGGGAAAUGCUGGUUCCUUGACAAUGUUUCCAAGCGAGGCAAGCGAAGGCAGUUACACAAUGAAUAUGAUAUUCUAUUUUUGUGACAAUAUGAAAUAUGCGUAGAGUCAUGGUCGAUUAAUCCUCAUUCCAGGCAACACCCGAGCGUCUCCCAUGUGUGUAGCAGUCAAUCGGUGAGCAUACUACUGCUAUCGAUGAAGCUUUAUUUUUAGAGUGGAGGAAGGGUGGCGCAAGAUGGGGGAAGGCAGGCACACAAUGGCAACACUCAGCCACAAUGGCAACACUCGGCCACAAUGGCAACACUCAUAUAUGCAUGACGUCACGCAUGUAUGCAUGACUUUAUAUAGACGCGUGACAAUCAUUGGUAAGUGUAAAGCCUGUUUUCCACUUCAAUCGUAACGUACCGUAGCAUUUUCUUUUGUGUCGAAGUCAUUAGUUCCACACUACCGCUCAGGAAACAGAGAAAUACACUACGUUUCGGUACGAUACGGUGGAAGUGGAAAACUGACUUAAAACGUACUUAAUAUAAAACGUAGCGGUAGUGGAAGCCAAAAUCUAAACCUCACUAUUACAUAUUAUAUAAUACCUUAUUGAAUUCUGAUCGUUUAAUUGGCUGUUUAUGGUCACGUGAUAUUGAAUAGAAAAUUCCAUUUCCCAAGAGUGCAAUGGAAUACGUUCCAUUGCACUCUCUGCGAGUGCAAUGGAAUAUAACGUAUAGUACAAUUGCACUCUUUGUGUUUUCGAUAAAACGCAUCCCUCAAAAUGCUUCUCAUACGAAUCUAUUAGUCUAUUUUGGUAUUAUAUAAAACAAAUAAUGAAUGUUUUUUCGUGCAAUGAUAAGAAUAUUUUCAUUCGGUGAAAGAUGGAAUGUUCCAUUCAACUCGGCUGUCGCCUCGUUGAAUGGAACAUUCCAUCUUUCACCUCAUGAAAAUAUUCUUACCAUUGCACUCAUAAACAUUCAUUAUUUGUAUACUGGAGGAUGACUUUGCAUUUUGUUAUGUUCUCCGGCACAUACUCGGGUGUAAAUAGCCGAACGGAAUUAAUUAAUUAGUAUCCUCGCUGACACGCCAUUGGCUCGGGGAUUACUUGAUUCUCUUACAUGC